AUGUCUGAGUUCAAACUGCUAACUGUUACACGUAACUACGUGCCAAACAGUCCACUGCGUGAAGAUGACGAAAUGCUUCAAAUGAACCCAUUUGUAAGUUUUUGCUACUUUUUAAAUUACUUAACUUUGAACGUAUCUUAAAUCUUCUAAUUUCAAAGGUUGUCUUACUGUACUAUUUCUUAAGAUAUUGUUAUAGUCGUACUUAAUGUUAGUUCUAAAAAACAAUAUAUUUAGUAUACCUUAUUUAUAAAUAUGACAUUUAUUUCAGUUUGCUUCGUGGCUCAAAUGGCAAAAAAAAGAAGAGGAGAUUCAAUGUAAGUGGUAUAAACUGUUAAAUUUAAAAAAAAGAUACUGUGACGUUAAAAAAUGUUGUUUUAAAUUUAUAUUUUUCAUACAAGUAAAACAGCAUAUUCUUAUUACUUGCAAAUUUCAGUGCAAAGAAUAGAAAGAGAAGAAGCCCGUGCAGCCAAAAGGAAAAAUGAGGACGAAAAAGAAGAAAACCGUAAACGGAAACAAAAAGAUGACCACGAAGACAAAAAUUACAACAAAACACACCGCCCCACGCAGCGCUACGGUAGUAAUGAGUCUAGUGAACGCCGCGAUAGACGAGAUAACCGAGGAUGGUCAAAACAAAAAGAAAGCGAACAAGAAUAUAGAAAGAGCGAAAGAACUCAAGAAGAAUCAGAAGGUACUAAACAUCAGCGCAGACACUACAAGAGAGCAAAUAGAUACAAUGAACAUCGGCGACAUAAAUAUUAA